UUUGGAGAAAAAAAGACAAAAAAUUAGAAAAAAAACCAAAACAAAACAAACAAACAACAACAAAAAAACCCAUUCAAAGUUCAUGGAGCGUCACUGAGGUGGUCUUAGUCCGAGUCAUAUCUGCCAGCAGACAGAAAUGGAUGAAAACAGCAUUAGGAAGAGGAAGGAGUCGCAGAAUGGCUCCACUGGCCACAGUGUGGACUCUCAUACUACAGACAAGCAGCCAGUGAAGGCCACUGUGCUUCAAAAAGAUGUUGGUCUGCUGAGCGGCAUCUGUCUGAUUGUGGGGACUAUGAUCGGUUCCGGCAUCUUCAUUUCCCCCAAGUCUGUUCUGUUGUACUCAGGAGCUGUUGGACCCUGCCUCCUCAUCUGGACUGCAUGUGGUGUUUUAUCCACUCUGGGAGCGCUGUGCUAUGCUGAGCUUGGCACCAUGAUUACCAAAUCAGGGGCAGAGUAUUCAUAUUUAAUGGAGGCUUUUGGCUCCCUCUUAGCCUACCUUUACUCCUGGACCACUGUCAUGGUAUUGAAGCCCUCCUCCUUCGCCAUUAUUACACUGAGCUUUGCAGAAUACGCCUCCACUCCUUUCUACCCUGGCUGCACUCCUCCUCUUGUUGUUACCAAGUGUCUGUCAGCAGCAGCUAUAUUGUUAAUCACCAUAGUCAACUGUCUGAGUGUCAAACUGGCGAGCUACGUGCAGAACUUCUUCACUGCAGCCAAACUCUUCAUUAUUCUUGUCAUAGUGGUAGCUGGCAUUGUUCUGUUGGCUCAAGGACACACUGAGAAUUUCUCUUAUGCAUUCACUGGCACAUCAUCGUCUGUUGGAGCAAUCGGACUUGCAUUUUAUAACGGACUCUGGGCUUAUGACGGAUGGAAUCAACUGAAUUUUAUCACAGAGGAACUGAAGGACCCAUUCAGGAACUUGCCACUGGCCAUCCUCAUUGGGAUCCCCUUGGUCUCUGUGUGCUAUGUGUUGGUCAAUGUUGCUUACUUCACUGUUAUGACCCCCACUGAACUGCUGUUGUCUCCAGCUGUUGCUGUGACUUUUGGAGACAGAGUCUUUUACCCUCUGUCUUGGGUUGUUCCUCUCUUUGUUGUCUUCUCCACAUUUGGUUCUGCCAAUGGAAGCUGCUUCACCGCUGGCAGAUUGGCCUAUGUAGCUGGCAGAGAGGGUCACAUGGUGAAAUUCUUAUCUUAUAUUAGUUUAAAGCGCUACACUCCAUCUCCUGCUCUCCUAUUCAACGGUAUUUUGGCUAUUCUCUACACUAUCCCAGCAGACAUAAACACCCUCAUUAACUACUUCAGCUUUGCCCAGUGGGCGUUUUAUGGCCUGACAGCACUGGCUCUCAUAGUCAUGCGUUUCACAAGGAAGGAGCUUCAUAGACCAGUGAAGGUGCCGAUUGUCAUAGCAGGCCUGAUGGUGGUGGUGUCCUGCUACUUAGUCCUGGCCCCCAUCAUUGAUAAGCCAGAGCUGGAGUACCUCUACUGUACAAUCUUCAUCUUCAGUGGACUUCUCUUCUACUACCCUUUCGUCCACCGGAAGGUCAAGUGGGCACGUAAACUCAUGAGGCCCAUUACUAUGCAUGUCCAGCUGUUGAUGGAAGUGGUUCCUCCUGAGAAAACUGAAUGAGAACGGAUGGAACUGACAACCAGGACAACUUCUGUUGCUGAUCAUGAAACACAUCAGGCCUAGUUUUGGUACCUGGAGUAGGGUCAGAGUCAAAAAUCAGAGCUCAAUUCAGUUUAAUAGCUGCAUGAUAAAAGUAAAAGUGCAUGUACCGUGUAUCGAGGUAAGAUGAAAUCAUGUGUCAUUUGGGUUCAGGGCUGAAAAAAAUGAGGAUUUGCGUUUCUAGAGUGUGUCCCACAGGAAUACGUCUGCUGUCAGACUGACCAUAAUCUCAUAAUG